CGCACGAGUUCGACAACACUAAUUCGAAUAGAUUAUAUUCUCGUAAACAAUUGAGAUUUCUUCGAAAGUACAGUUCUUGCACCGAUCCUGUGACUCCUGAGUACGUUUCGUCAUCCCGAUGAGUCUAAGACGAUGGAUCUGCGAUGUUAUUGUUCAACGGAAUGUGCGAUUCCAAGGCGCCGUCGUCAGUCGUUUUCUCGCCACGCAGGCGAAGAACGAAGCCAUCGAUAUAACUGCUGCUGAUGAGCAGCCAAUAUACUCAAACGAGCCUCAGUACCAGGAGGAGCUCACCAAGAAGCGAAACAAGUCUCGGCUGAAUCCGAAGGACAGGAAUAUACUUAUGGGCAAGCCUCCCUACGAGCAGCCUAUCGAGUGGUAUCACAAUACAGUAAGAUACAAGAAGCGCAUGCUAGGUAGAUAUGGAUUCGAAGGCAAUAAGGAGCCAGCUGGGUUUGCAUGGCCUACACCAAAAGAGGUCAAGAUCUUGCAAGAGUACGAGAGAGUUGCCUUUCCAGAGUCUCUUCAAGAGAGAUGGAAAAAGCUGGAGGAGAAAAAACGGAUAAAGGCUGAGAAAAUUAAAGCAAGGGAAGAUGAAAUAGCCGAAAAAUUGUCGAAGGUUGACCAAUGGACGGCCGAGUUGAACACAAGGGUCGCUAAGAAGAAAGCCGAAAUGGAGGCUGCUAGGUUGCAUAAAGAGCGCUUAGUGGAGGAGAUCAGGAAACACUUUGGCUUCAAGAUCUCGCCUCAUGAUGAGAGAUUUAAGACGAUGCUGGCGCAAAAAGAAAAGGAGGAAAAGAAGAAGAAAAAGGAAGCUAAGAAGAAGGCGAAGGACGAAAAAUUAAAGAGCAUGAUCCAAAAAAUGAAUCAAGAACAAGAAACCGAUUCAACAAAACCUACAGAAUAGUUACGUUUUCUUUCGCAAAGUAUAAAACUAAUUGUAUAGCUAAUAAAUUAAUAAUUCAUUAGAG